GAUGUAGUGUUGCGCUCUGACGCAGCUUGACAGGCGCAUGUUCCUACGAGGGUGAGUUUAGGGAAAGACGGAGCCACCCUGUCAAUCACAAUGAAGGAACCAUGGGAGUAAACUGCCUGGAAAGGUCGCCUUAGCGUUUUCACAGAAGAAGGUUGUGAAUGCUUUAAGGACGUCAACUAUGCCCCGCGCCAGUGUGGGACGUCUACACCUGAUCGCGCAAACUGGGAAUCUCUCCACUUGGACGCGGAUUAGCAUGAGGCGUCACGUUUAACAACAAAACUUCGCGGCUCCUGAGUUGUCUGCGCCUUUUUGCGACCUCUGCGUUGCAAAAUCCACAAGCUACCGCAGAUAUUUGUAGAAAAGGCGGCGCCGCGGUGCCUUUUCUGUUCCCCAAGUCAAGGAUAGAAGCGCAUAUUUGACUCCAACUGGGUGAAAUCUGUUCUGUGCCUUUCAAACAACUGCUUUGUCGGUAAGGAGCGACUUUCGAAAGAGAACUGACGGCACACAAGAAGACACUCCCAAAAACAAACGAAGACAAACAAGCUUUCUGCGCUCCAGCUCCGAGGAGGAGGACAGGACAGGAGCAGAUAUGAGCGGGGGAGAGGUGGUGUGCUCGGGCUGGCUCAGAAAGUCUCCUCCUGAAAAAAAGUUGAGACGUUACGCAUGGAAGAAGCGGUGGUUUGUUCUUCGCAAUGGCCGUCUGACGGGCGACCCAGACGUGUUGGAGUAUUACAAGAAUGACCAUGCCAAGAAGCCAAUAAGAGUCAUAGACCUCAACCUAUGUGAGCAGGUGGAUGCUGGACUGACUUUUAACAAGAAGGACUUGGAGCACAGCUUCAUAUUUGACAUCAAGACCAUCGACCGCGUCUUCUACCUGGUGGCUGACACUGAGGAGGAGAUGAACAAGUGGGUUCACUCCAUCUGUGAAAUCUGUGGCUUCAACCCCACUGACGAUGAAGCUGCCAAAGCCUCUUCCCAGUCGUCCACAGGCCAGGUGGUGGACACACCCCCACACCCUGCUCACCAUGGGAACAUUAUAGGCCCAGCCGCGUCUGUGCUGUCAGCUAUCCCUCCUCCAUAUCAGCCUGUCCACGUUCCUCACCUCGAAUCCCAGUCCAGUUCAGAGGAGCCCACUGAGGACUAUCUGUGGCUGGUCAACUGUGAGAGCAAGAAGCCUGACCCCCACAGGGCUCAUGCAAAGUCUACCUCUUCAGAGACCGACCUAAAUGACAACCUCCCAUCCCACCGCACGCCCACCUCCACCUCGUCGGCCAAGCACAGCUCGCACAAUGGGUUCUUCCCCCAGCACCACGGCCCUGCCUCGGCCUCAUCUAUCUACGACUCCCCUCCCUCACGAGGCACCUCCUUCUCUACUGACACUGGUCUGUACCACCUGCCCCGCAGCUACUCCCAGGACACUGUGCUCGGCCCCAAAUCUGCCCCCUCGCCUUCUACGCACCCGGACAGCACCGAGUCCCCCGAGAUUUACACCUUCAACACGCCCUCUCGGAAGGCUUCCAUGGAGAUGCAAAUGCGUAACAUGUCUAUCAGUUAUGAUUUCCCCACCACACCUGGUUCGAACUGUACAUAUCAAGUGCCCCGUACAAUGCCUUCUACAGGGUCGGAGGGUGGGGGAGAUGUGGUCCCACCUCCGAGACCACCCAAACCCUCUCUCACUUCCACAUCAGGACCACCACCGCCCCCUGCUGAGCGAUCGCCUACGGACAACUACUGCGUGCCCCGGUCAGCUUCAGAAACAGACGGGAACUAUUGUGUGCCCACGGCCACGGGAAACAAGGCACUGCGCAGCAACACCAUCGGCACUGUGGACUGUUCACGGCUACGGAAAGAUUUUGGAUCGCAGGACUGCUAUGACAUUCCUAGGUCAUUUCCCUCUGACAAAAGCUGCUCAUUUGAUUUCAAUGAAAGCUUCAAUAGUUAUUUUAAAAACAAAGGCAUGAUGCCCUUGGGAAGCCAGUCCACAGAAGAGGUAGAUCAGAACUACGUCCCCAUGAGCGCUAACUCCCCAUCGCACCACUCAGGCAGUCUGUCUGAGCCUAUACACGAAGCCAACUACGUCCCCAUGACCCCCAGCAGUAUGGAGUUCUCCUCUCUGGGGAAGCAGGUACCUCCCCCUGCUCACAUGGGCUUCAGAUCCAGUCCCAAGACUCCCCCUCGGCGACCCAUGAUGAGCGACUGCCAGCCUCCUCCAGUGGACCGUAACCUCAAACCUGACCGCAAAGGUCAAAGUCCUAAAAUAAUAAGAGCAAAAGGUGUGGGUUUAGAGAGAACGGACUCUCAAACCGUAGGUGAAUUCCCCAGGGGACGACGCAAGGGAAAACCUGCCCCACUGGAGAUAAAACCACUGCCGGAGUGGGAGGAGCCUUGUACACCGGUCCGCUCACCUGUUACGCGCUCGUUUGCCAGAGAUUUCCCUAGGUUUCCAAUGUCAACGCGACCUGCGUCAGUGCAUAGUACAGCCUCCAGCACUGACUCCGAGGAAUGUGAUGACAAUUAUGUACCCAUGGUCCCCCCAGACGAACCAAACAUGAAGCUCGUUCCACCAAUGACUGCUGAUGGUGGAAGCAGCCCCAUGUCUAAACCAAAAGGAGACAAGCAGGUGGAGUAUCUAGAUUUGGAUCUUGAGUCUGGAACCUCUACUCCACCGAGGAAGAUGAAAAGCAAUGGGGCAGGCAUGCCUGCAUCAGACGAGCGUGUGGACUAUGUGGUUGUGGACAGGCAGCGGACUCAGGCUUUAAAAAGCACCAGAGAGGCCUGGAACGAUGGCCGACAGUCUACAGACACAGACACCCCCAACAAAGGAACCAAGUGAUGUGCUGUGUCACACUCCAGCCCAGCAGCUCACCUCAGACCUGGUGCCUCAGGCCUGGUGCCUCAGGCCUGGUACUUCAGGCCUGGUACCUCAGGCCUGAUAUCACAGGCCUUGUUAACUGUUUAAGGCUCUCAUGGAGGCACAGUACAGUCUGUGCUGUUCUCAGUGGGAGAGUCGAGUGGAGCUGCUGUCCUCCCGGAGCUGCACUGUACUGACAUCUGUACGUGGAGUGUCGGCCAACAAUAAGCUGUAUGCAAUGUGAACGCAGGUGACAAGACUGGACUUAAUUUAGGUUUGACUGUUGCCCCUUUGUGGAUACAUUUUCUUUCUUAAUCAGAGUCCAAAUUUUUCCUAUGUUUUUCAUCCUGAGUGGCUUCUGGGUUGACCCCCAGUAAACAUUUCCUAAAUUUAUGUUGCUGUUAUUGUUUUGAGUUCGAGGUAAUAUACAUGAUCAUGGUUUGUAACAGCCAGUGCAACAUGUUGCUAUUAACUAGUAACUAUUUUUAACUUGACUUAAUUUCAAACAAGCAAACUGUUUUGCCAAACGGUAUGAGGUUGUUAUUGCAGCGCAAUUUGUGAAUCUAUACUGAGAAAUGCUCAUUUCUACCACACCACUUGUCAGUCUUCCUGGCUGGUCUUUUCCAGGACAAAAUAAAAAAAUCACAUGAAACAACAGCACAUCUGAUCCUGCUUUAAUUACAUUGUAAACUUUAGAACUUUUGCACUGAUUAAAUUUAAAACAUGGCUCUGGCUUUAUUUAGCUUUAAACCAAUGAAAACAGGCAAUUAGCUUAAUAAUAUCAGACCUUGCACUGCCAGUGUUCAGAUUCCAGUAUUUUACAUGCACGCACCAGUUUAUUAAGAAAACAGUCAACAAAGCCAUUUAGCUCUUUUUAUAUACUUUUUCAUACGAUAAUUCACUUUACAGUAUUCUACAGGGAUCUUUCCAUUCGUAGUUUAGUCAGUCACAUAGGUAAGCACCAGAUUCACAGAUGUUUUGCUACAACGACAACAACCUUAUGGAAGUGGAUUCUCUCUUUUGGUCUAUGUAAGGAUAACUGUGAUCUCCAAGGACAUGCACAAUUCACAUGGUCAGUUUGGGGCUACCUUCAGUUCGUAUUUGUUCAACUUUUUCCACAAGUGCUUCAAUCCAUCAUGAAAGAAGCACAAAGACUGUACAAAAGUAUUAUGUAUAUAAACAUCCAAAUAAGUGUCCUUUAUUUGUAUGCAUUUUCCAGUGUGUGACUAAAAGGCUUGUGGAUUCUGCAGGGUAGAAUCCUCCGCCUGAUCGAGGUGGCUUCAGGACUAAAGAAUGAAUUACUGUGAGUUUAAAUCCAUUGUGACAUGAUUUCUCUAGGUUAUGCAAAGGUGGUAAUCUUAGGCUAGAGAGAGCAAAUCAGGUACUCUUUGCAAUGACAUACUAUUAACAGCUAUUCAUUUGUAAUUUAUUUUUCACAUUAUUUUAUUGGGAGUUGUCCUGCUCACUUUGUCUGCAUAGUUUUACAUGCACUGCAGUUACAUUCACAUGCUCACUGAGAUUCCAAACUCUGUUGUCUUAGGUUUAAUUUAUUUGCAAUUGAACUGCCAUAAUGUUUUAAUCCCAUGUUCCCUUACACAUUGACAUAAGUCUGUGCUUCAAGCCUCAAGCAUGUGUUGUCAUUAAAUACAAUAUUUCUGCUGUAUAUAGACUGCCAUUGAUUUGAUAAAUGAUUAAAACAUUUGCCUACUAAGCCAUCUUUGUCACUCUCUUGGUCACUUUCUUUGUGAUACAAACUGCAAGGCAGGUGAUGCUUUAUCUUUUUUAAUAAUUCUUGACAGAAAUGUAAAUUUUAAAAUGAACUAAAUAAAAAGAAAAAC